AUGCUAGAAUAUCGUGGUUAAAAGAAUCAAAUUGAAGUGACUUCAAAUACUUACAUACAUGAAAUCAUAGAAAUAGUUAAAGAAAUAUACUCAUUUGAAGAAAACAUAAAUUUAAAGCAUAAACAAUAAAUUUUGCCUGAGAAUUAAACAAUAGAAUCCUUACAAAUCAAAGAAGGGUUUAUCUUGUCAGUGGAAAUUCAAAAAUAAUAAUAAUAGUAAUAGUAAUAAUAAUAAUAAUAAUCCCCCACAUAAUAAAAUAUAAUGAUAAUUUUAGAAUAUCGUUAUUAAAAGUAUGAAAUUGAAGUGACUUCAGAUACUUACAUUCAUGAAAUCAUAGAAAUAGUUAAAGAAAUAUACUCAAUUCAAGAAAAAAUAAAUUUAAAGCAUAAACAAUUAAUUUUGCCUGAGAAUUAAACAAUAGAAUCCUUACAAAUCAAAGAAGGUUUUAUCUUGUCAGUGAAAAUUCAAAAAUAAUAAUAAUAGUAAUAAUAAUAAUAAUAAUAAUCAUAAUAAUAACCUAACACAUAAUAAAAUAUAAUGAUUAUUUUAGAAUAUCGUGGUUAAAAGAAUUAAAUUGAAGUGACUUCAGAUACUUACAUACAUGAAAUCAUAGAAAUAGUUAAAGAAAUAUACUCAAUUCAAGAAAACAUUAAUUUAAAACUUGAUCAAUAAAUUUUGCCAAACAAUUAAACAAUAGAAUCCUUACAAAUCAAAGAAGGUUUUAUCUUUUCAGUGGAAAUUCAAUAAUAAUAAUAGCCAAUACAAUCAAAAUUAACUUUAAUUAUUUUUCACGCUAUUUUAAAUGGUUAAGCAGUAGAAGUAGAUUCAGAUACUAAAGUAUAUGAAUUGGCAAUUGAAUUAUAAGCACUCUUACAGAUUUCAUAAAUCUAGUUAACUUUAGAAAAUGGGUAAGUUUUAAACCCAAAUUAAACUUUUAGAGAAUAAAAUGUUUAAGAAAAUUCUAAAUUGUACAUAUAGUAAGUCUUAACUAAUCUUACUUAACCAGCAUCUUAAAUUUAAGAAAUAGUUUUGAUAGUUCUAUUUGAAUAAUAAACUUUAAAUAUUUCUGUUCCUUGUAAUUCUUUGGUGUAGGAGCUUGAAUGUACACUUAAGCAAAAUUUGAAUCUUAAUUAUGAAAUAAAGUUAUACCACAAUGAUAAAAUGUUGAAUUCGAAUGAAACAUUCCAAUAAUUGCAAAUCGUAAAAGGUUCUAGAUUGGUGAUCAAAAAAAUUGAACAAGCCUCUGUUUCAAAAAAAUAAAUUCAAUUAAGUUUGUCUUAUGAAACUUAGCCUCCAAUUACAAUAGAAGUAGAAGAUGAAAUUACUAUUAAAGAUAUAGAAGAUUAAAUAAAUCAAUACCAUCAUUUAAAUGUAGAUUUGGUGACUUUUUAUAAUGGGUAGGUUUUAGAUUCAAGCAAAACUCUGUAAGAAUAUUAAAUUAGAGAUAAUUCCAUUCUCAAAUUUUAAUAGAAAUAAUAAAAAAUACAUCUUAUUAUUAAUGCAUUCAAUCAGACUUUAGAUUUUAAAGUUAAUUAAGAUACAACAAUUAUGAGUUUGAUUGAAGAUGUAAAAGGAAUAUGCAAUGUGAAAAAUCAAUUGAUGAUGUAAAAAGUAAAUGGAGAAAUCUUAGACCCAAGCUUAACUGUUAAGCAAUCUGGACUUUGUGAUAACUCAAUCUUAACUGUAGUUUAAUAAUAGGAUAAAUAACCAAAAUUGCCAGUUAGAAGAGUUAUCAAAGUGAUUUUAGAUUAUAAAGGGGCUAAAACACCAAUAGAAGUUGAAGAUAACAUAAAUGUAUCAGAGUUGAUAGAGCAAAUCAUGCUUAGUUUCUCAAUUUAAGGAUCCUUAUAAAUUAGUCUUGAGGGAAAAUAAAUUCUUAAUCCUUUAGACACUUUAGCCAAUUAGAAUGUUUAGAAGGGAAGUCUAUUAAUUGUAACUCAAAUUCCAUAAAAUGUUCCUCAAAUUUAAUAAGUUGCUCCUUAAACUAAAUAAAGUUCAACUCCUCUAAAUAUCAAAACAUUUAUUGUGAAUAUCGAUUAUGAAGGAUAACAAUAUCCCUUAGAAGUAAAUUCAAAUACUUUAGUAUAUGAAUUAAUAUACGAAUUUAGAUAAGCCCUUUAAAUCUAAGAAUAAUGUAAUUUGCACCUUGAAAAUUAAUAAGUUCUUCAACCAAACUUAACUUUAGAGAAUUAAAAUUUCAAACAAAAUUCUAUUUUAUUUUUAAAACCAAUUCAAAAUGUUAAUUAUAAUGCAUAGUAAUAACCUAGUUUAUAAACAAAUUAAGCUAUUAAAGCAUAAGAAAUUAUUAUUAUGUUUAGUUUCUAAGGGUAGAAUCAUAGCUUAAGUUUGGUGAAUGAUACAUUAGUUAAGGAUUUGAUUUUAUGUAUUUAAUAGAAUUUCAAUUUAAAUGAAAAAUUUUAAUUAAGUUUGGAAAACAAAUGUAUACUAAAUGAGGAGUAAACUUUGGCUGCUUAGAAAGUUGAAAAAGGAAACACUUUAUAUCCAGUUUUCAACCAGAAACCAUAACAAUAAUAAUUUGAAGAGAAUUACACUUUGAUUAUGAAUUAUUAGAAUUGUAAAUACCAGUUUGAGGUUUCUUCUGAUUCAUUAGGAAGUGAAUUGAUGGAUGCUAUUUAGCAACAUACUAAAAUACCAACUCCAUUCAAUGCAAUUAUUGAAGGAAAAACUCCUUUGAUCUUAGAUAAGACUUUGAAGGCGUAAAAUAUAAAAAAUGGAGGUAUUAUUGAACUCUAAGAAUUGCCUUAAAUAAAUCAAUUGAAUUAAACUUAAUAAAAUUAAUUUUAGAAAAUACCUCCCUCAUAAUAAUAAAAUUUUUAUGGUACUUCAUACUCAUUACCUCCUCCUGCGAAUUAAUAAUUUAUUCCAUAAUCAAAUCAGUUUCCGUUUAGUUAGCCUAUGAAUUUUGCUUCAGUACCUCCACCACAAUAGAAUACAUUGUCGGGAGGUUAGAAAAAUUUAUAAUAACAAUUUUAAUAAGGAUUGAAUAAUAGUCUUAAUUAGUUAAAUAAUUUUGAGGGAUAUCCAACAUAAUUUUUACCCAAUGGAAAACCGCAAUUUCAAUAAUAAUAAUAUGGAAGACUAUCUACACAAUUUUAAAAACCCUAACAAUAGUAAAUGGUUGGAAUGCCUUUUUAAUAAUAAAUCUUUAAUUAAACCUAAAUGAGUGGAAUGCCUUUUUAAUAAUAAAUCUUUAAUUAACCCUAAAUUGGUGGAAUGCCUAAUUAAUAAUAAAUCUUUAAUUAACCCUAAAUGGGGGGAAUUCCUAAUUAAUAAUAAAUCUUUACUUAAUAAUAAAAUAACUAAAAAAUUAAAAUUUAACUUCAAUACAUGAAUUCAAUUUAAAAUUUGGAAUUGACUAAAAAAAUGAAAAUCUAGGAUAUAAUAGAACAUUGCAAGGAUGUAUUCAAUAUAGAGUAAGGUUUAAAAAUUCAACGUUAAGGAUUGGAUUUGAAUCCUUAAGAGAUUAUAGAAUAAUGUAGAUUGAAUGAUAAUGAAAUUUUGGAUGUAGUUGUUAAAUAAACAGAUUAAUUUUUUCUGAUUAUUUCAGUGCUAGGAAAUGAUAUUUAAGUGGAGGUAGAUUAAGACUAAAAAGUUUUUGAAUUAAUGGAUGAGUUGAAGAUAGCUUACAAAAUCAAUUAUCCCACUGAACUUGUGUUCAAUCAAAUACAAUUACUUCCUGAUAAGAGUUUCAAGUAACAAAAUAUUCUGAGUAACAGUUAUUUGAUUUUAAGAUAAAAAUAAGCAGUUACCAAAUUGAAGAUCACUUAAGGUUUAAAUUUGAUUAUUGUCAAAGUUAGAGAUGGAAUGAAUAUGAUCCAAAUUGAAAUAGCUCCUACAGCAACAGUUCAAGAUUUGGAGAGAAAAGUUAAGGAAAAGACAGGUAUAAAUUUUAAUUUUACAUUAUAAUUCAACAUGAAAUUUUUGAGCCCAUAUUUAUCUUUGGCUCAAUAAGGUAUAAACAAUAAUUGUGAAGUAAUUUUGCUUCGAUGA